AUGCCAGCAAAUGAGACCACUACCACAUCAUCACCUGUGGCCAUCACCACGGCCGCCAACGACAAGGUCUCCCCUCGCACUUCUGGGUCGUCCCAGGCAGACGCCGGGGUGCCCCACCUCAUCCCAGCCCCCUCCAGCACCCCAGAGCCCCCCCCUGGGGUGGAGGAGAAGGAAGGCCGUGGUUUGGAUCCCACUGCUGACACCAACAUCCUGGUCACCUCCACCACAAUAGGCUUCGUCGUCAAGGAGGACAGCAACCUCUCUCACCACUCUGGAAGUGAACAUUUCCUCCUGGGUGAGAACCUGACAGUGGCAGUUCUGGGAGUAGUGAUCCCCAUAGUUCCUAUUGUUGCCACAGUGAUCUUCGGCCUGCUCUGCACCGGCGUCUACCUGGUUUGGCGGAACUAUCGCCAGAACGCCACCAAGAGCAUGAAUUUCGACAACCCUGUCUACCGCAAGACCACAGGCGAGGGCGAGGAGGACGAGAUUCACAUCGGCCGGACAGAUGGCAUCAUGGGCGGCCACCAUGGGCACCACCCGUACCCGGCCGGAGUGGGGUGUGGCGUAGUCGGCGGGGGCGGAAAUACAUGCCCACAGUUCAUUGCGCUGCCACUAGGUGGCAGUAUGCCUGAUCCGGGGACUCAUUGGUACACGGAGCAGCCUAUGCUGUCUACUACGGCGAAAUGAGUAUGGAGACAAGACAAGAUGGCCGCUCAGGAGGUUAAUUUUCAAGAUGGCCGCCGCUCAGGCACACGCACACACAGUACUGAGGUUACAGGUCACUCAAGCUGACUGACUUGUUGAAUGGAUGGACAUAUGAUGUUAUGAUAUCAUCACAUCCAGCCAUUAAAGGCCAUGAUGUGCCAGUUCAUUACACAGGAUCGACAGUUUUACACUUUCUACGUUUUUAAAUGUGAUGUCAGAGUUUGGGUGGGUUCCAAUUGAAUUCCUGUCAAUUUAGAAAAUUGAUAAGAAUUCAGUUCAUGAAUUCUCUACGUAUCAAUUGAAUUUAGAUAUAUUUCCUCACUGGACUUGAAGAGGAGUCAACUCCAAUUCUGUAUGUUUUUCAUCCACUUUUGAUCAAUCUAAGCAGUAUUGAGCUGUGUUAUAUGUCUCACGUUUAAGGGCGAGAGGGGUUACAAAAUAUUAUUUUAAUCCUUUGACGUUUUAAAUUUAGGCUCUCCAUUUUAUUUCCCUGGUGGAACCUCAAUUUUCUGGAGAGACUUUUUAGGAGGUUUAAACCACGGCAGCACCUUAGUAGAUGGGACAAUCUGUACGGUUUUAAGAUAUUCAUUUAACAUGUUUUAUUGCUCACCUCAUUAUUACUAAAGAUGUCAUAGUGUUUAAUUAUUCUGGUCGGGGCAUUUGUGUGGAGUGAAAGGUUUAAGAGAGAGUGUGUGGGCUUGUGUGUGAGUGUGAGUUUGCUUGUCUGUCCCAGCAUUUGUGUGUGGAUUUACGUGUGUGUGUAAACCUGUGUGUGUACUUUCUCUCGCCAUUGGAGAGGAGUUUUGCAUCCUUGUUGAUAUCCUGUGAAGUACAGUUGAGCCGUGGCAGAAACCUCUUUGAUGUUUUCUUUAUUGAACCACAAAGGCUAUCAGAAGGCAAGCAGGGAAUAGGAGGGUCAAGGAGAGAUUUUGGUGGGAUCCAAGAAAAAACUGAAGGCUUAGCGAGAGAAUCCUUUGUAGUUAUUAAGGGUGGCCUGGAUUUAUAGGCCCAGUGAAAAUAGGUCUAAUUACCAGCUAAUGGCCAAGGGUAUCUGUGUUAGGCAGGAUAAUGACAACAGAGUUGGCUGAAGCAGAAAUAGCCAGCUUUCUGGCUAGCAUGCUGAUUAUCAAGGCUAAAGCAGAAAUAACUAGCUUUCUGGCUAGCAUGCUGUUUAUCAAGGCUAAAGCGGAAAUAACUAGCUUUCUGGCUAGCAUGCUGUUUAUCAAGGCUAAAGCGGAAAUAGCUAGCUUUCUGGCUAACAGGCUGUUUAUCAAGGUUAAAGCAGAAAUAGCUAGCUUUCUGGGUAGCAGGCUAAUGUGUAUCUAGGCUAAACCAGAAAUGGCUUUUGGCUACAUGGCUAAUUGUUAGCUAUUAUUCUUCUCUCCUUUUUAGCUGUUUUCCAUGGCCAUAGGGUAUGUGGUUGGUAAAUGUGUCAUCUGUUUUUGGUGAUUUUAUUCUCCCAUCUGCUCUCUUUGUCAGUAAACUCAUACACACACAGUCACUCACCCUCGAUAGAUCACACAAAGGCAUGCAUAUUCACUCACCCUUCACAAGCACUCCACAAUGCCCCUGUCCUCGUUCUUUGAGCAGAUGUCAUUGUGAGUUUUCAUACAUGAGGGCAAUAGUAGAAGGUCUAACAUACAGGAGGAACUCAGUAGGAGGUCUAUCAUACAGGAGGAACUCAGUAGUAGGUUGAUUGUUGACAAAAGGCUCCUGUCAGGUGAUUUGGUGGCCGAGGCUACGUGGCAGAUUUAGACUUUGUCCCAAAUGGCAUGCUAUUCCCUUAAUAGUGCACUACUUUUGACCAGGACCCAUAGGGCUCUGGUCAAAAGUAGUGCAUUAUAUAGGGAAUAGGGUGACAGUUGGUUUGCAGUUCUCAACAGUAAUGAGGUUCGGUCAGGUUGGAUCCUCCGGUCAGUAAACACGGCCCUCCUUAAUCCCCCUCUCUUUUAUCCCCCUCUCAUUUGUCCCCCUCUCUUUUGUCCCCCUCUCAUUUGUCCCCCUCUCUUUUAUCCCCCUCUCUUUUAUCCCCCUCUCAUUUGUCUCCCUCUCUUUAUCCCCCUCUCAUUUGUCUCCCUCUCUUUUAUCCCCCUCUCAUUUGUCCCCCUCUCUUUUGUCCCCCUCUCAUUUGUCCCCCUCUCUUUUAUCCCCCUCUCAUUU